UUUUUUUUGGAGGGAUAAUUGACAGCGCUCAUCCUCGACUAUUUCUUACAAUAAGAAUUAUUUUGAGGAGAUUCACUGCAAAGGAGCUAAGAGUGAAACACAAAUACUGUUGAAGUGGCCGUGUUAUAGCUCUUUCGUGCAGCAUCUGAUAUUAGCCGCCGAAACCGCGCUCACUCCAUCAUCACUCAAUUCUUCGUAUAAACGAGUACAGACCGAUUAUGGGUUUAUUUUCAAGCGCUCCACCUGCGCCAGCGGCUCCCAAGCCCUCGGCGGACGGAGCUUUCGAGGCACCUAACCGCACUGAGCGCCGUCACUGCUGGGAAGCUCGCGAUGGAUACUUUGCUUGCCUAGAUCGAAACAAUAUUAUCGACAGCAUCAGGAACAGUGAAACUGCAAAUAGUAAAUGUGGCAAAGAGGACCAAGAAUUUGAAAGGAAUUGCGCAACUAGCUGGGUCCAAUAUUUCAAGAAGCGGAGAGUUAUGGAGUACAACCGAGAUCAGACACUGGAGAAAUUGAAGGCUGAGGGUGCGCAGCCUAUGCCCGUUGGAGGGCCACCAGGUGGUGUGCCUCCUGGAAGCAAUUAAAUAAAGCUACUCUCAUUGAUAUCCGCAUCUUUUACCAAGUGGAAAGCUAUGGUUUCUUUCAAUUGUACAUAUGUAAAGCGUCUGGAUUGGAGGGCACGCUCGACUGUGCCCUCGUACUGCCUCAUUUCUGUUGGGUUGUAUUUAAUAGCUUAGGCGUAGCGAAAUGGUGUUGGAAAAAACAAAGGAAAGAAAGCGGAGCCGACAAUCGCAUUUUCAUUCGUCAUCCGAGAAGUCGAGCCUGCAUUCGUCCGAAGUUUGAGACAUUAUCUACGUACUCAUAGAGCUCGUGGUUGUGCGCCAUGUGCAUGUAUAGUCUAUCGUUGUGUGAGAUCACAAUUC